UCGAUGGUUAACCUGACCUACAACAGCUACAUGCUCCAUCUGGAGGGGUUAAAGGUAACGGAGGAGACCAUGUACCCUGUCUUUAUCAUCCUCUUCUUCUCCUAUGUCAUCAUCAUGUUUACCAAUGUGGGAAUAGUGGUUCUCAUCUCCAUGGAGAAGAGCCUGCACCAGCCCAUGUACAUCCUCUUCUGUAACCUGCCCUUCAACGACAUCAUCGGCAACUCCAUCACGUUCCCCCGUCUGCUGGCAGACAUCCUCGUCCCUGCCUCUGAGCGCUACAUUACCUACUCAGAGUGUGUGGUCCAGGCCUUCUGCACACAAAUGUUUGGGACGACCUCUCAUACAAUACUGAUGAUCAUGGCCUUUGAUAGGUAUGUGGCCAUCUGCAACCCCCUGCGAUAUUCCAUCAUCAUGACCAACAAAAUGAUUAUCAGGUUGUCGGUGUCUGCCUGGGGGGUGGCCAUAGUCUUAGUGGGGAUCCUGCUGGGCCUCACCAUCCGCCUGUCACGCUGCAGGUCGACCAUAUUAAACCCUUUCUGCGAUAACGCCUCGUUAUUCAAGCUCUCCUGCGAGAGCGUGUUCAUCAACAACAUGUAUGGCCUCACCUUCACCAUUGUCCUCUUCAUCUCCUCAAUUGGCAGCAUCGCACUGACCUACAUGAAGAUCGCAGCCGAGUGCUUUAUCAGUAAGAACAAGGCUAUGAACAGUAAGGCCCUGAAGACCUGCAGCACACAUUUGACUGUGUACUUGAUCAUGCUGAUCAGUGGUUCCAUCAUCAUCAUCCUGCACCGUUUUCCUCAUUACUCAGACUACAGGAAGGUGGCAGCCCUGCUCUUCCACAUCAUCCCCGGGAGCCUGAACCCCAUCAUCUACGGCCUUCAGUCCAAAGAGAUACGCAAAGUAGUAGUCAAUAUGUCCUGCUCCAGGAAAAUUUCACCUUGA